GAAAACAAAAGAGACAAAUAAAAGCUUAAAUUUGGGAGAAGCUCAUCCAUAAGCUGUGGUCAUUUCUCAAUCUCAUCAAUCUCUCUACAGAUUAUGGUUCUGUAACCGGAAAACAUCUCACAAUUUGAUCUGUUUUUUCUUUCUUUAUUUCCUAGAACAAAAAAAUGGUUGCAUCAUUCUCUUACACUGCCUGUACAAAGCUUUCUCUAUUACAUCCUCCUAUGGUUGCUCAAAUCCGACCAAGAACAACACAGAAGGUGUUCGCGGUGACAAAUCCUGAACAAGACAGUACUCUCGAGGUACAAGAAACAGAGCCAAUCAAAGAAGAGCAAUCAACAGAGAAGAUGAAGAAGCAGCCAACGCCAUUGAGACCAGUAGAGAAACAGCUGAACGUGAAGAGCAAGGGUAUGGGCCAGUUUGGCGGUCAGUGGCUAAGCAGUGUCACACGUCACGUUAGGAUCUACGCUGCUUAUAUUGAUCCAGAGACCUGUGAAUUUGACCAGUCGCAGAUGGAUAAACUCACUUUGAUUCUUGACCCUACUGAAGAGUUUGUGUGGGAUGAUGAAAGCUGUAACAAGGUCUAUUCUUGUUUCCAAGAACUCGUCGACCACUACGAGGGAGCACCAUUAACGGAGUACACAUUAAGAUUGAUAGGAUCGGACGUAGAGCAUUUCAUAAGGAAGAUGUUGUUUGAUGGAGAAAUACAAUACAAUAUGGAUGCAAGAGUUCUUAAUUUCAGUAUGGGGAAGCCUCGUGUUCAAUUCAAUACUAGCAACAUUGAAGGUGGUGGAGAUGGUCAGCCUCAAGAAGACGCAUAGCUAAACAACUCUAUAGAUUUAUAAAUUAUGUAAUGACAAGUAUCUAAAUAUAUUGUAUACUGGUGUUAUAGUAUGCUAUUUAAAUCUUCUCUAUCACAAAGUAGUAACGUACAUGUAUAUAUUAUGAUAUUUUAGGUUUUCAUUAGUAA